AUGACAUUUUUUUGUCUAACGUCUGUUGAUCAUUUCAUAAAUUUUAACAUCAUAGUACGGGAAUAAGACUGCAUUAUUAAAUUAAUUUAAUAUCUAAGUAGGAUGAAUAAAUGAGCAUUCAAUUCUAGGAUUUAAAUUAAAUAAGUAAUCAUGAAUAGAAUUUGUUGGCGUUUGGUACUUUACAAAAAUACCUCUAAAGGGUCCACAAUAGAAUGGACUAAAUUAUCGAAUCUGUCUUUACGGUCUAUUUCUACAAGUAAACCUCUGUUGGAGAACAAUGAUUGUAAAAGUCCAGUAAAGAUUUAUACUGGCGUAUUGAGUUCUCAAAUAAAACUAGUUAAGGUGUUUUCACUGUCAUCAAGCAUUAUAGGUAUGCUUGCCCAACCUUUAUUAUAUAAGGAAAUUGUAUCUACUGGCAGUGUUCCAAUGAUUGUAGCUGCCUAUUCUUUUGUUGGCUUAUUUACCUUUGUGACACCUUUACUUUUACAUUUAAUAACAAAAAAAUAUGUUACAUCUUUAGAAUAUUAUGCUGCAGAAGAUAAAUAUAUUGCAUAUACUAUAAACUUUUUUUGUAUACCUAAAAAGAUUGAAUUCAAAGUCAGAGAAAUAGAUGUACCGGAAUUGCCAGGAAUGUUCACUUCAAUAAAGGUUAUAGGAAAAGCACUCUUUUUUGACCCGAGUAAUUUUGAUUAUCCAGAUCAUUAUGCCAUUUUAAUGGGUUAUGAUAAACCCAUUGAUUUUAAACUUGGAGAAUCAUCCACUUCAGAUAAAAGUAGUGUGAAUAGUAAAUAACUCCAGUAUGAGUUUAAAGACUAAUACAUAAUGAAAAUGAUUUCUUAAACAAAUUAUUUCUGUAUUGUAGGUAAUACAAUAUCAUUGAUGUGAUUACUGUGUACAUUCAGAAAUCACAGAAAGUAGUAAAAGAAAGAAAUUAAGAAA